AUGGAGGAAAUAGGAAUUACUAUCCAAAGUCAGGUCUGUUGUUCAAUGAUUUUCGCCAUAAACUCGUUAGAUUUUCAACGAAAGGGUUUCUAAAUGGGACGUAAAAUAAUUCUUGCUAGUACGUGAGAGAUUUUAAGUCCUUUUUGAAUCGUUUCUUCCAUUACAGGGCCAUGUCUUUUCGUCUACCAAUUCCUGUCAGUGAGAGAGAAUUUUUGCUUUGUCACGUUGAAAAGAAGGUUAAAAACUGUUUGAAAUAUUUGGAAAAAGCGAUACAACUUCCUGCUUAAAAAGAAAAUUUCGUUUCCAGUUUGAUCAAAGUUGUAGAUUUACCAGCAUCAAAACGGAUGAACAUUGUAACAAAAUUCAUGGCCUAAUUGGUUCCAUGCUUGUCAUGACCACGUUGUAUUUUAUUAUCAAGUUUCUCUUCAUUUCGCCCAGUUUAUUGGUCUUACUUGUCACUGUUUGGAGAGGCCAGAAGCCUUUAUUUUCUACCCCAAUUCCUCUGGCUAUUUUUAAACACAUUGAAAUGUUGAUUUGAAUCGAACGCAAACAGUCGACGCUCAUUUAAAAUAGAUGAUAAUUCAUGUGAAUUUUAUGGAAGAGUUUAAAGUGUUAAAGCCGUGAUAGCAGCGUAGAAGUUGAAAAGAACAUACAAUAUUGUUGGAAGAUCAGUAAUUACAACACAAAAUACUUGACUCUUUUUUGAAAAAAAGGACACCUUUCCAGUUGGGAAACAACAAGUGCUAUGAGGCCUUUAAGGGUGAUUGCCAUUUACUUGAUUGACAUUUGCAGUGUUUUACUUCAAAAAAAGGAUAUCACAUGAAUUUGGGCUCAUUCAGUGUCUAUCAUAGGCCUGUUGUAAACCUCAAUUGAGCAAAGUAAUUACUGCUAGUUGGAAAAAUAAUUCAAUGUUGUGGAGAACAUAUACAAGUCUUGUAUUGUCAAACUACUUGCACUUUUAUCAAAACAGCUGUAUACAGUAAAUUAGUCUAAUCACACAUUAUAAAAUUGAAAUGAAAAUCAGCUGCGACAUUAUCAUGGCAAUUCAUCAUAGACCAACUUUACUAGGCACUUUGAAUAAAUUUUUUGAAGCUAACACAUCAUACUCUAACAGUAGUAUGCAAGUUCUCCCUGCUAUUCUUUGUACGUUUUCUAAGGUACUUACACAGAAGAUUUGUCUUACAAUCAAGAGCUUCUUGAAUCUAUGAUCAUUUAGAGCUUCUUGAGCUCAUAAUCAUUUUCUUUCCUCUCAUGAAUGUAUUUUUUGAUUCAGGGGCAAUACUGUUGGGUGAAUUUAGAAGCUUGUUACAACCAGGGAUUGAAGGGUUACUGCAUUUCCAUUUGUUGCAUUGUGCAGGUUAUCCAACUUGCUUGUGUUUUAACUUCUUAAUUAGGAUACAAGCCGACCCACAACUGCAGCGAGCAGUUCCUUGUCCACUGUAGAUCCCAAUGUAGAUGAUCUUUAUGCAAAGUACAAGAAGCUUCAAAAGCAGCUGGAGUUUUUAAAAGUCCAGGAAGAAUACAUUAAAGAUGAACAGAAAAAUCUCAAAAAGGAGCUGCUACAUGCACAAGAGGAAGUGAAACGCAUCCAAUCUGUUCCUCUGGUUAUUGGUCAGUUUUUGGAGGCUGUAGAUCAAAACACUGGAAUUGUUGGCUCAACAACAGGUUGGAAACUAUAUAAAUCUUUAAUUUCACAUAUACAUCUAACAAAGAAGAAAAGAGAGCAUUUGAGAAUUAUGCCAAUGGUGAAUGAAGGGAAAUUAACAUUACAUGUCCUUAUCAAAUCCAAUUAAAUGUGAUACUGAUAUUAAGAGGGAAAUGUGACUGUGAUGUAACUUGCGUACUGGUAUUAAGAUUUAAUAGUUGAGAGCUAUUCAAUAGCCCUCUAGUCACUAUAGCCAAUUGGUGAUGAUUUUUUGUACUCUUUUGAAAAAUCAGAGUUGUUAUUAGAUAAUACAAUGGUGUAUGAUCUGAACUAAGUAGGCAGCUGAAUUAAAUUAUACUUUCCUAGCAAGCAUGGUGUGUUGCAAAGCAGUAUGCUCUUCUAGGGAGGUCUGAGGGCAUCCUGCCCUGCAAGAAUCUGAAAUUUGAAUUCUCUGAGAUGUGAUUUCUAACAUACUGGGACAUAUACAUCAUGUAUGAGUAACUUUUUUUGGCCACACACUGUUUUUUUAGAACCAGUUCAAAACUACCGGUACUUAUUUUCUGUCUCUGACCACAAUUUACAAAGAAGCUAGUACUAAAUGAUCAAACGGGCUGCAGGUUUCCUCUGCCUACUGGCUUCUUAUGACAAACCAGCUAAAACAGUAAAAAUCUUCAAGUUUGUAAAAGAUUAAGACUUCAAAAAUAUUUGGCAAAAGUUGCUAACUUAAAUGCAUGUCAGCAUGUUUUAACUGUUUUUAAUUUGUUAGGGUCAAACUACUACAUUCGCAUACUCAGUACCAUAGACCGGGAACUUUUGAAACCAAGUGCAUCUGUUGCCCUUCAUAAGCACUCCAAUGCACUUGUUGACGUCCUUCCUCCUGAGGCUGAUAGCAGUAUAGCAAUGUUAACUGCUGAUGAGAAGCCAAAUGUAGCUUACGCAGACAUUGGUGGAAUGGAUAUACAAAAGCAAGAAAUGCGAGAAGCUGUUGAGCUCCCUCUUACACAUUUUGAGCUCUACAAACAAAUCGGCAUUGAUCCACCACGAGGGGUUCUUAUGUAUGGUCCUCCAGGAUGCGGCAAGACCAUGUUAGCAAAGGCAGUUGCUCAUCAUACAACAGCAGCCUUCAUUCGUGUUGUGGGGUCAGAAUUUGUCCAAAAAUAUCUUGGUGAAGGACCCAGGAUGGUUCGUGAUGUGUUCCGCCUGGCUAAAGAAAAUGCACCAGCAAUAAUUUUUAUAGAUGAGAUUGAUGCAAUUGCCACCAAGCGAUUUGACGCGCAAACAGGAGGUAAGAAAGAGAGUGUUUCUUUUUGCUUUCUAUGUAUUGUGAAAGGAUGUGGGAGAAACAGUGGCCAAGUGAUUAAUAGGUGCUGGGUUAAUCCCUGGCUAGAUCAUUGUGUUUUGUACCUGAACAGGGCACUUAAGCUCUCACAGUGUUCCCUUCCACACCAAAAGUAUUAUUGGGUAUUGGUAAACUGUGAAGGAAACCUUGCCAAAAUGCUCUGAAGAUACCUGUUAUGGAUGAACUUUUCAUUCAGGAAGAGUAGUCAUUCUCCUAAUCACUUCAUGCUGCAGAAACUAAGAAUUAGUGAGUGCAGUUAUGGGACACUUGAUCUCUAAGACUUUAAACCCUGUCAUAAUCAACCAUCAAUAUGCUUAUUUUCCAUACUGUUUCUUGUAUAUUUCAUGUAGUACUGACAAGGAGAGUUUGUGAAACAAUUAAGAGCUUUCUUAGUUAGGAAUCUUUCCUUUUUUUCUCAUGACCAUAAUCACCACUUUGGGUGCGUGUGCUGUACAUGCAUGCAUUCAUGAAAAGUCUUGUAAUCAAACUUGUAUUUCUUUUGUCAAUUGUAGUGAAGUACCACUCAAAUGUGAGCUAGCUCUCUUUUUUAGCAUCUCUCAAUGUACCCUGUCAAAUUUUGUACAAUCUAUCUAAAGAAGAGAAUUUUUGUAUAAUUAUUGAUUGUGAUCACAACAUUUUUAAAUAGAUUUUCUGAAGUCUUGUGUAUACUUUAUAACUGGCAGAUUGAAUGGGGACAUGUGUAUCAGACGUUCAAUUGAAUUUUGUCAUAUCUUUUUCCAGCUGAUAGAGAAGUACAAAGAAUAUUGCUUGAGCUGCUGAAUCAGAUGGAUGGCUUUGACCAGAAUGUAAAUGUUAAGGUAUGAAAGGAGGCCACAUACUCUGUGUACCAUAAUAUCAGUACAUGUAUGUAACAAACUGGUUAGAUGUUGUCAGUGACUAACUUUAAAAGUAACCUACCAUGUUUUUUUUGGACUUUUUUAUAACAUUUUCUUGAAGAAAUGUUAUAGCAGGAGAUUAAUGUAAAGAAAAAACAUUACAUUUGUCUUGUUUGAAUGAAGAACAGCCAAGGCCAUUGAAAUUUAGCCAGAGACAAUUCUACAAUCUCUGAUGCUAAAUGAACACCCACUAAUGUUGGUAAACAUUUGAAGUUUUCCUUUAGUAGCAUGCUGAUCAAUUGAGUAAGUGGAUGAUUGGAUUGAGGCCUUGAGUCACUGUAUUUCAUUUUCUAUUACAUAGAGCUUUCACCAAGCUGUGGCAUUAUCAGGGAAAGAAAGCUCAGAAUAGAGAAAAACAAUACAGUUGCUCAAGGCCUUGAUUGAAUUGUCUAUUAACCCACUAGUGUGUGACAACUUGUGUUAUCCAGUCUGUUUGUUACAGUAGAAUGUUACAACUGACUAGUAUGUGAUGACUUUCAGAAAAUUUGUUCUGUGCUUUAAUAGUGUAACAAUGCUGAUAUGCUUGUUUUCAUAUAUUUUAUAAAGUUUCUUCUAACUAUAAUUUCUGUUCAAGUUUAUACCACAUUUCCUUUGUUUAAACAAUACUGAUAUUUUGCCUCUUUUAAUCAAAUUGUAUUAAUGAGUAAUCUGGAAAUGUCUGGGUUUUUUUUUGGAAUAGGUUAUCAUGGCCACAAAUCGUCAUGACACUCUUGACCCUGCAUUGUUACGUCCUGGUCGACUGGAUCGUAAGAUUGAAUUCCCCCUGCCAGACAGAAGACAAAAACGUCUCAUCUUCUCCACAAUAACAGCUAAGAUGAACCUGUCAGAAGAAGUAGAUUUAGAGGAUUGUAUCCUUUUGUGAUUCCAUAUUGUCUGUGUAUUAUAAAAUUAAUUAACCUUUUAGAAAAAAGCAAAAUUGAUAUUUUUUUAAGGAAACUGUUGAAAUAGAAAACACACACACCUUGACUUGCUUAUUAUAACAGAUGUUGCAAGACCAGACAGAAUUAGUGGAGCUGAUAUCAAUGCCAUUUGUCAAGAGGUAUGUUUCUUUUUUAACAUGCAGAGUACUAGUACUCCUCAUGCAGGUGUGGUUUAAGUACUUCUGUUGUUAAAACAUUAAAUUGCUCUCAUGAUCAUUCAAUUCCAAUUUUAUCCUGGGACAAAAUACACCAUGGUGAUUAUCCUGUCUCAGUUUUAAAAAAUGUGUAUGAUUUUAUGUAAGCAUCUGUUUCUUGUUUUAUUAUACACCUGUAUCAGUUAAUGAUUGAGUCAAGCUGCAUUGAGCGAUUUGGGUUGGACAAGACACUCAGAAGUUUGAUUUGCAAUGUGUGAACCCAGCUAAAAUUGUUUGCUGCUGCACAUGGUUUUGAACUUGAUGAUUGAAAUUGGCUGACACUUGCACAAGACAAGACCCUCAAUUCAUAAGCAUAGCUGAACAUACCAGCCAGAGGUGUUAUCUGUCACUUUGUUUUAAAUUACAGUGAUUGUUGAAUUAAUGAGGAAGUGAGUGAAUAACUGCUAGAAGGGGAGAAAUAUUUAUGAAUGAGAUCUGGGAGGUGUAAGGGAGUUAAAAGAUAAACAGUGUUUUCUAGAAAAAAUGUGUUUCUUUUUUUCCAUAGGCUGGCAUGCAGGCAGUACGAGAAAAUCGCUAUGUUAUCCUAGCUAAAGAUUUUGAGAAGGGCUACAAAAACAACGUGAAGAAAGAUGAAACAGAACAUGAGUUUUAUAAGUAAUGUUAUCUGACUGUGUACCAAAGACUGAAUGGGGAUACUUCCUGCUGUGAAUAAAUACUGGUCGCUUGUGUAUGCUGAUGACCUUUUCUGUAGAUGUUAAAAAUACAAUAAAUGGCUUUUGCAUGUUAGCUGACAGGCUCACUUUCAGCUGUUUUGGGAGUUCAUUAAUUCACAUCUAGGGAUACUUGCUUACAGAAUGGUGGUGGCUAUGUCAGGGAACCCAGCUGAGAAGAACAAUGCCUUUCCAAUUUGUACUUUCCAGUUGUAUGGGCAUCCACAAUUUCCUUGCAAGCUAGGGUCCAUUUCACAUUCACUUCACACUGCUGCUAAACAUGAUGAAAAGAAUACAGAGUCCUGCCUCAUGCAAAUUUCUCGAGUUUGAAUAAACCCUCGC